CGCAAGAAAGCAAUGGCAACUACUAAAUUGCCACAAUUCCCAGCCCUUCAAUUCCCUUACACCUCAAAAGAGCUCCCAAAGUAAACAGCAUUAUGCAGUUCUCCGUCUCAUCUUCUUCGUGAUCUCUAUUUUGCUGCAGGAAUGGCGCAUGAUAGCAACCAAGAACAGUCGAGCUCCGGGAAAGGCGGUCUCAGAACCAUGCCAUUUAUCAUAGCGAAUGAAGUGUUGGAGAAGAUCUCCAGCUCAGGGCUGCAAUCCAAUAUGGUUAUCUACCUCACUCGGGAGUACCACAUGGGGAACGCCGCCGCCGCCGUCAUCAUGUUAUCCUGGGGCGCCCUCAGCAACAUCACCCCAAUAUUCGGCGCCUUCCUCUCCGACUCCUACCUCGGUCGAUUCCGCACCAUCGCCUUCGCCACCAUCUCCUGCUUCGUGGGUCUUACUCUAAUGUGGCUGACGGCGAUGAUCCCCGGAGCAAAACCUCAGCCAGAUUCUCCGGCGACACCGCACCAGAUGUUUCUUCUCUUUCUUGCGCUGGCCUUCAGUAGCAUCGGGAGCGCCGGCGUUCGACCGUGCUCCAUCCCCUUCGGUGCCGACCAGUUCACCGAUGGGAACACGAGCGACAGGGAGAGAACGCUGCGAGUCUACUUCAACUGCUACUACGCUUCGGUCGGCUUGUCGUUCAUCUUCGCCUCCACCGUCGUGGUGUACGUCCAGGAUCGGUUUGGGUGGAAGGUGGGGUUCGCGGUGCCGGUGGCGUUGAUCGUCGCAUCGGCAUCCAUGUUCUUGGCCGGCUCGCCGAUGUAUGUGAAGGUGAGGAGCCGCGGAAGCACCUUGACUGGGUUCGGCCGGGUAGUGGUGGCGGCGGUGAAGAAUCGAAACGUGGAUUUGGAGAAACUGGAUUUGGCUUUUGGUUAUGAACAGGGGAGUUCUGAGGUGUUCUUGAUGCCUUCAGACAAAUUGAGAUUCUUGAACAGAGCAUGCAUCAGACGGUACGCCGGUGAGCCGCGAGUGUGCACGGUGGAGCAAGUGGAGGAUCUCAAAUCGGUGAUCGGAGUGCUACCGCUUUGGUCGGCGGGGAUCAUGGUGAGCCUGGUGAUGAGCCAGCAGUUCGGCCCCCUGCAAGCCGAGGCCAUGAACCGCCGCCUCGGCGGUCGCUUCACCAUCCCCGCCGGCUCCUUCUCCGUCUUCCAGCUCCUCACCAUGACCCUCUUGUCCGCUUGCUACGAUAGUUACAUCCUCCCGGCGGUAUCCAAACUCUCCGGCCGCCCAGCCAGGUUGACACUGAAGCAGAGGAUGGGUAUCGGGGUUCUAAUCUCCACGGCCUCCACCGCGGUAGCGGCCCUGGUCGAGGCAAAGCGGCGCAGGACGGAAGAGAAUAGGAUGUCGGCGCUGUGGUUAGUGCCGCAGUACGCGCUGGUGGGGCUGGCUGAAGCGUUCAGCGUGAUCGGGCAGGUGGAGUUCUUCUACGUGGCGCUGCCGAGGACGAUGAGCAGCUACGCGGUGGCGCUGUGGACGCUCGGACUUGGCGUGUCCAACUUGAUCGGGACGGCACUAGUGAAGGCGGUGCAAGCGGCGACUGCGAGGGGAGGGAGGCCGGGAUGGCUAGCCACCGACCUCGACGAGGGGCACUACGACUACUACUACUGGGUUUUGACGGCAAUGGGGGUGGUGGAUUUCUUCUACUUCCUGGUUUGCAUCUGGGCGUACGGUGAGGAGGUGAGGAAGAAGCCAUGGGAGGUUGAAGGAGAAGCUUUGGUGGAGGAACAGAGUGAUUAGUUAAAUUGGUGAUGACUAUAAUAACAUUAUUUAAGGCUAAUUUAAAUAGAUAAUUUGUUAUUAUUUUUAGGACA